AAAAGCAAAAACAAAAAAUCACCAUAAACCGGCAGUUGCUUUUGAUUUUUCAAAUUACCGUUAGAUUUUUCAAAUUGGUGCGAAUUCCCACCAAAUUAAACGAAUUCAAUGGAGGGAGAUGGAGAACAAAAAAUUAGGGUUUCAGAGUUUGAUAAUUCAAUUGAGAAUCACCUCGCGGCAAUCGACACAGUUUCUAAGCUAUGCGGAGAAUCAGAAAUAAUUGCUGAUUCUCCUGAACUUCAACAAUUAUCUUCAUCGAUUACGUUCUUAAGAGAAUGGAAACCUUAUAAUUACGAAGCAAAAACAGUUAGGUUUGCUUGUGAAGUUGAAAGCUGUGGGAAAAAAGAUAGAGAAAUUCUUGGACAAGUUAAUCUGCCUCAUUUUUCAUCAGCUACUGUUCCUGAGAAAGAGGAGCUAUAUGGAGGCAACGGUGCUUCGAAAUCCAGCAAAGACUUUGUUAUGCACGUUGGAGGGCCUGUUUGGGGAUUAGAUUGGUGUCCUAGGGAUCAAGAAAGGUCUUCUGGUCAUGUAAAUUGUGAGUUUGUUGCUGUUGCUGCUCAUCCUCCCGACUCUUGUUAUAACAAGAUAGGCGCGGCGGUUGCUGGAAGAGGUGUUGUUCAGAUAUGGUGCAUUUUAAAUGUCAGUGGAGAUGAUGAAAAGACAUCAGUUCAGCUACAAAGGUCAAAACAGGUGACUGAAAAGAGCAAUGACAAGUCUAUUAUUGUAAAGCGGCCCCGAGGACGACCUAGAAAGACACAACUAGAAGAAGAUUCUGAUGGAAAGGCUACAAACCAGAACUGCACUCAGAUCAAGAGGCCAAGAGGUAGACCAAGGAAGAAGCCAAUAGAAGAAUCUCUUAACGAUGAAACCACACAGGACAAUUCAACUCAAUUUAAGAAGCCAAGAGGACGACCCAGAAAGAAGCCAAAUGAUGAAUCUCUUCAAGCCCUUGCAUGUAGUUUAACUGCUAAACCUGUUGGUCAAAUCAGAGGAGGGGAAAGUAAAGCAAAGGCUGGUGGUAAAUGUUCUGGUUUUUCAUCUUCACCAUUAUUGGCUCAAAGUGAAGAUGAUCAAUCUUUUUCUAUAAACCACCAAAUACAGGAGAACACAUUAAAGGAUGCUGUAGUGCUUGACUGUGGUUUAGAUAAUGUUUCUGGGGAUAUCAACUCGGAUUCUUGUAUUAUUCCAGCGGAUGUUGCUUUGCCAAGAGCUGUGUUAUGCCUGGCUCAUGAUGGAAAAGUUGUAUGGGAUGUAAAAUGGCGGCCAUGUAAUGGAUCCGACUCCCAAUGCAAGCAUCGAAUGGGUUAUCUUGCGGUCUUGCUAGGAAAUGGAUUUCUAGAAGUAUGGGAUGUUCCUCUUCCUCAUGUAACAAAAGUUAUUUAUUCUUCUUCUCAUAGAGAAGGUACUGAUCCUCGAUUUGUUAAAUUGGAGCCUGUAUUUAAAGGCUUAAUCAGCAACCACGGGCAUAUACAGAGCAUCCCACUGACAGUAGAGUGGUCAACUUCAAACCCCCAAGAUUACUUACUUGUUGGAUGCGAUGAUGGAACGGUUGCUUUAUGGAAGUUUUCUGCAAAUGGUACAUCUGGAGAUACAAGGCCUUUUAUGUGUUUCAGCACAGGUACAGAUGCUAUUAGAGCGGUCGCAUGGGGUCCAAAUGGAAGUGAUCAAGAGAGCAGAAAUAUUAUACUCACAGGUGGACACGGAGGUCUGAAGUUUUGGGACUUACGUGAUCCAUUCCGACCUUUAUGGGAUCUCCAUUCAGCACCAAAAAUCAUUUAUAGUCUCGAUUGGCUGCCAGAUCCAAAAGUUAUUAUCCUAUCAUUUCAUGAUGGAACAAUGAGACUCCUUAGCUUGGCGAAGGCUGCAAAUGAUGCUCAUGUACAGCUUUCCGUUGAGCCUAAACAACCAGGAAUUCAUAAUAUUUUAGAUAUUCCAUCCCAUGCUAUUUGGAGCGUUCAAGUGUCGAGAAAAACGGGCUUGGUUGCAUAUUGCAGUGCAGAUGGUACAGUUCGCCGCUUCCAGCUCAUAACAAAAUCAGUAGACCCAUCAAGGAAUCGAACUCCACAUUUUAUGAUCGGAUUCAUGAGUAAAGACGUGGCGGCUAUUACUGUUAACAUUCCAUCACCAGACAUCCCUUUGGUUUUUAAGAAGCCAGUUGUUGGGGAAAAACCAAGAACAAUGAAGGCUUUAGCAAAGUUGUGUCUGGAAAAAAAAAGAAACCGAUUACUCGCCAAAUCCUAUGGAAAUGACGAGCGAAUGCAAUGCGAAUGGGACGAAACACUAGGAGCUUUUAGAAGUCGAAACAAAAAAAAAUCUAAAAAUGUCAGUAAGAAAACGAGAGGAGAGAAUCAAGAUGACAGACUGCAUAAAGAAACAGGAAAAGGAGAAGCCGCGACUGAAGCUGAAGUUACGCCACCAAAGAUUAUAGCAAUGCAUAGAGUUAGAUGGAAUAUGAAUAAAGGUAGUGAGAGAUGGUUGUGCUCCGGAGGAGCAGCUGGAAUUGUAAGGUGUCAACAAAUUAUGUUGUCUGAUACAGAUGAAAUUUUGGCUAGAAAAUGGAAAAGCUAACAAAAGUUUAUAAAUGGUUAUAAAAUGUGACUAUAAUUUAUUUACA